AUGGCAAAGUGCAGCAGCCAAGAGAGCUUGUGCGUCCUAUGCGAUAAGAUGAUGGAAAAGAGACAAACAUUAGCCACGAAUCUGCGUCAGACUCCCUUGCCGAAAGGCCUGCUGGAUGCCCUCGACGCUCGCUUCAGCCACCGCGGCUUGCUCUGCUGCGAACACUGCAGCCCAAGUCUCCAAGCUCUCCUCAACAUGCUGGAGCAGGAUGAAUCUCAGUGGCCGGCGCCACUGUGGUCUUGGCUCCACGUGUUGGAAGCUUUCUUUGAUCGGGAUCUAGGCACGGGUCAAGCUAUUGCUGCUGGCCACGUUUACCCGACCAUAUUUUGCCGCCGUGGUUGCAAGAUCCACUUUGAGUUGGAUCGUACAUCCCUAGACAUCAGGAAGAUCGCGGCGGGGCUCCAGGACGACGUGGAAAUCGCGAAGGCCAUCGCGGCGAAGCUAGGCUCGAAGUCUUUCACUGCACGCAGUACCACCGCCGGCGAGAUCGCCCCCGGAAACGUUGAUGUGGACUCAGAUGGCCACUUUACCCCGGACGACAUCGGCAACUACUUUUUAGCGCAAACGAACAUCGGCCCUUUCAAGGCGCAGUUCUGUUUGCACUUUGCGUCCCAGCUCUGCAUAGCAAAGCACAACCGCAUGGCUGCUGCGCGAAAGCUUGAACAAAGCCUAUAUGCGCGGAGUGGGGCGCUGGCGAAGCCCUUUGGCAGCUGA